GAUGGGAGGAGCUGUGAGUGCUGGGGAGGACAAUGAUGAGCUCAUCGACAACCUGAAGGAGGCCCAGUACAUCCGCACCGAGCUGGUGGAGCAGGCUUUCCGGGCUGUUGACCGUGCCGACUAUUACCUCGAGGAAUUCAAGGACAACGCCUACAAGGACCUGGCCUGGAAGCAUGGCAACAUCCACCUCUCGGCCCCGUGCAUCUACUCGGAGGUGAUGGAAGCCCUAGACCUGCAGCCUGGACUCUCCUUCCUGAACCUGGGCAGUGGUACUGGCUACCUCAGCUCCAUGGUCGGCCUCAUUCUAGGGCCCUUUGGUGUCAACCACGGGGUGGAACUGCACUCCGAUGUGAUUGAGUAUGCAAGGCAGAAGCUAGACUUCUUCAUCAAGACCAGCGACAGCUUUGACAAGUUUGAAUUCUGUGAACCUUCCUUUGUUACUGGCAAUUGCCUGGAGAUUUCUCCAGAUUGUACGCAGUAUGACCGCGUGUACUGUGGGGCUGGAGUUCAGAAGGAGCAUGAAGACUACAUGAAGAAUCUGCUCAAAGUUGGGGGCAUCUUGGUCAUGCCACUGGAAGAGAAGUUGACUAAGAUAACGCGGACUGGUCCUUCCGCUUGGGAAACCAAGAAGAUUCUGGCUGUUUCUUUUGCUCCUCUAAUCCAGCCCUGCCACUCCGAGUCAGGAAAAGCACGCCUUGUCCAGUUACCACUGCUGGUGGUCCGCAGCCUCCAGGACCUGGCCCGCAUUGCCAUCCGCGGCACGAUCAAGAAGGUCAUCCAUCAGGAAACAGCAAGCAGAUCCGGAAAGGGACUGAAGACCACUCCCAGGUUCAAACGCAGGCGAGUGCGCCGCCGUCGGAUGGAAACAAUCGUCUUCUUGGACAAAGAGGUCUUUGCCAGCCGGAUUUCCAACCCCUCUGAUGACAACCCCUGUGAGGACUGGGAAGAGGAGCAGCAGGAAGAAGAAGACAGGGUCCCGAAGCCAGACCCCCCGGUGAACUUCCUCCGGGAGAAGGUCCUAAGCCUCCCCCUCCCAGACCCCCUGAAGUACUAUUUGCUCUACUACCGAGAAAAAUGA